AUGGCGAGACGCAGAUUACCAGACAGACCACCGAACGGAAUAGGGGCUGGUGAACGGCCGAGACUGGUACCGAGACCUAUUAAUGUUCAAGACUCUGUGAAUCAGCUAACUAAGCCGUUCAGGAUUCCUUACAAGAAUACCCACAUUCCGCCCGCCGCUGUCAGAAUCGCCACCGAAUCUGAGAAUAAUAUCGUAGGGGGAAGGAGCUUGAGGAAAAGAUCUGCGACUGUAUCUUAUACUGGCUUGGACGUAAAUGCUGAUGAAAUGGAGUACAAUAGCCAAGAUAUGAGCUUUUCUCAGUUGAACAAACGACGGAAGGAUGCCCUCAGUGCUCAAAGGUUAGCAAAGGACCCGACAAGACUAAGUAAUAUCGAGUAUACGUUGAAAAGGUCUUUCACUGUUCCGAUUAAGGGUUACGUACAGAGGCAUAGUCUUCCAUUAACCUUGGGGAUGAAAAAGAAAAUCACUCCUGAACCUCGACCAUUACACGACCCGACAGACGAAUUCGCCAUAGUGCUUUAUGACCCGUCUGUUGACGGGGAAAUGAUCUUUCAUGACACAUCUAUGGAAAACAAGGGAGAAGAAUUGAAAAAGGUGGCGAAAAGUACCCAGGAAAAGGAGAACGCUAGCAAAGAAGAAACUAAUCAAGAACAAAAACCUACUCAAAGAAUAGGGCACCAUCCCGCGUUGAUGACCAAUGGGGUCAGAAACAAAUCUUUGCGUGAACUACUGGGCGAUUCGGAAAACUCGGCAGAUAACAAGAAGAAAUUUGCCAGUGUCCCCGUUGUUAUUGAUCCUAAACUAGCCAAGAUUUUAAGACCCCAUCAAGUUGAAGGUGUCAGAUUUUUAUACCGUUGUGUCACAGGGCUUGUCAUGAAGGAUUACUUAGAGGCUGAAGCGUUUAACACUUCAAGCGAAGAUCCAUUGAAAAGUGACGAAAAGGCGCUUACACAAUCUCAAAAGACUGAAGAAAACAAUAGAGGCGCCUAUGGCUGUAUCAUGGCCGAUGAGAUGGGGUUAGGUAAGACAUUGCAAUGUAUAGCGCUGAUGUGGACAUUACUAAGGCAGGGCCCGCAGGGUAAAAGACUUAUUGACAAGUGUAUUAUUGUUUGUCCAUCUUCUCUGGUCAAUAACUGGGCGAACGAACUGGUAAAAUGGCUGGGUCCAAACACAUUAACCCCAUUAGCCGUUGAUGGGAAAAAAUCAUCAAUGGGUGGUGGAAAUACAACAGUGUCACAAGCCAUUCAUGCAUGGGCGCAAGCACAAGGUAGAAAUAUUGUGAAGCCCGUUUUAAUCAUAUCGUAUGAAACUUUACGUCGUAACGUAGAUCAAUUGAAAAACUGCGAUGUGGGCCUAAUGCUAGCAGAUGAAGGUCAUCGUUUGAAAAAUGGUGAUUCUUUGACAUUCACAGCCUUAGAUAGUAUCAAUUGUCCGAGAAGAGUCAUCUUAUCUGGUACGCCCAUUCAAAACGAUCUUUCAGAGUAUUUUGCCCUACUAAGUUUUUCUAAUCCUGGCUUAUUAGGAUCUAGAGCAGAAUUCCGAAAAAACUUCGAGAAUCCAAUUUUGCGAGGACGUGAUGCUGAUGCUACCGACAAAGAGAUCGCAAAAGGCGAGGCGCAAUUGCAAAAGCUAUCUACUAUUGUCUCCAAAUUUAUUAUUCGUCGUACUAAUGAUAUUUUGGCCAAGUAUUUGCCCUGCAAGUAUGAGCACGUUAUUUUCGUUAAUUUAAAGCCAUUACAGAAUAAUCUUUACAAUAAAUUAAUCAAAUCCAGGGAGGUCAAGAAAGUAGUUAAAGGUGUUGGUGGCUCUCAACCGUUAAGGGCAAUUGGUAUUUUAAAAAAGCUAUGUAAUCAUCCAAAUCUUUUAAAUUUUGAGGAUGAAUUUGAGGACGAUGAUGAUUUGGAUUUACCUGAUGAUUAUAAUAUGCCCAAUUCAAAGGCCAGAGACGUACAAACAAAGUAUUCUGCAAAGUUUUCCAUUUUAGAAAGGUUUCUUCACAAGAUAAAAACUGAAUCUGAUGAUAAGAUUGUUCUAAUCUCCAAUUACACUCAAACUUUAGAUCUAAUUGAAAAAAUGUGCAGGUACAAGCAUUAUAGUGCCGUACGGUUGGAUGGCACAAUGUCAAUUAAUAAAAGACAGAAAUUGGUGGAUCGGUUUAACGAUCCUGAAGGUCAGGAGUUUAUUUUUCUUUUAAGUUCUAAAGCAGGUGGUUGUGGUAUCAAUCUGAUAGGAGCGAACAGGCUAAUUUUGAUGGAUCCGGAUUGGAAUCCCGCUGCUGAUCAACAAGCUUUGGCACGUGUUUGGAGGGAUGGUCAAAAAAAGGAUUGUUUCAUUUACAGGUUCAUAUCGACUGGUACGAUAGAAGAAAAAAUCUUCCAAAGACAAUCUAUGAAAAUGAGUUUGAGUUCAUGUGUGGUCGAUGCCAAGGAAGAUGUUGAAAGAUUGUUUAGUUCUGACAAUUUAAGGCAAUUGUUUCAAAAAAAUGAAACCACAAUAUGUGAGACACAUGAAACUUACCAUUGUAAGCGUUGUAAUGCGCAUGGAAAACAAUUAAGGAAGGCACCUGCAAUGCUAUAUGGUGAUGCAACAACUUGGAAUCAUUUAAAUCAUGAAGCUUUGGAGAAAACAAAUGAUCAUUUACUAAAAAACGAGCAUCACUACAACGAUAUCAGUUUUGCAUUUCAGUAUAUUUCACAUUAA